AUUUUCUCUUGUUUCAGAGGAAAAAUGAAGUUCUAAAAAUGGCUCCAAUUCAAUCUUGCUUGGACACUGAUUGUCUGGUUCUGCGGAGUAUAUCUGAUGCAUCCUUGGUUCAUUCAUCCUACCCUCAUCCUCAUCCUCAUCAUGCAGCAACUAAAUACUCAGACCUCAGACUUUUCUACAUCAGUGUUUGUCUGAUGGUUUAUCUUGUUGUAGUCCUGGUUGUCAUUAGAAGGCAGUUCAGAAAUCUGAUUGAUAGGGAGGAACCCACCCUGCUGGUUAUAUCUAAGAAGGGAAAAACUAAAGUGAGAGAUGUUGAGUCUUUAACUCUAGAUGAAAAAGAGGUUCUUGUCUAGUGGAAUCCAAUAAAAGCAAGAUAAAAUGGACAUUUUUUAAUAUCUAUUGAAAAAAAAAAAUGUUUGUGCUAAUUCGACAAUAUAUGGAUCUAUGAGUCUGUGA